AUGGCCAACCACCCACUGGGCCAGCCGACCGAGACGGCGAUCGAGGGCGUCGCCCAUCCCACCGUCACGAAGUCGGAGGAUUCACCCAUUCCAUCGCGCUCGACUUCCUUGGGCGCAGAUACCCUCAUUACAGAUAUCCCUGAGAGCAAUGGGUCCACCACCGCGGGGCGGAAGCGCAAGCUGAACAGCACGUCAUCACGAGGAGUCGCCAACCUCACCCCCGAUCAAUUGGCCAAGAAGCGUGCCAACGACCGCCAGGCGCAGCGUGCAAUCCGUGAGCGCACGAAGACUCACAUCGAGGCGCUAGAACAGCAGGUUCGGGAUCUCACGUCACAGAAACCCGUUCUCGAUCUGCAGGCCGCGCUUCAGCAUAAUGAGCGCAUCCGGUCGGAGAACCGGGACCUCCGCCAGGGGCUCAAAUCAGUUAUGGAAAUCAUACAGCCCCUGCUGGCUAGACCGGAGGCCGCAGACAUACCUUCGUUCCUCUCCCAACCGAGAUCGGUCCCGCCUACAUCCCAUACCCCUCCUUUCCCCGAUACCGACCACCUAAGCACCAGCAACCAGGCUGCGGCACCAGGCGAUAAGUUAUAUGCCGAGUCUAUCGCCAGCCUUGACACACCCUCUCCGACACAUUCCGCAUCGGCUCCAGGGAGUCGACGUGACAGUCAAAAUGGAAGUCUGCAGGUCACCUCAUUCCGCGCCGUGCUGGACUCCCAACGCCAUAACAUCGCCCACGGCUUAGAUCUGAGCCUGGAGGAGCGAUUAGGAUUCAAUUUCCUUCUAGAUCCUUCUCAUAAUGUCCCAAAAGUUGAGCGGCUCCGCCCCAGCAGCUCAGAAAACUUCCACACCCUCCAGCCCUCGUCAUCACCGCUCUAUCUACAACCAUUGAACUACCCGGCCGACCACGUACCACCAGUGUUCGCUACGCCGAUCAAAAAUACUGCGCCGACAUGUACCCUAGACAGCAUAUUGCUAGACUUCCUCCACAACCGUCAACGCGAAGCCGCGCAAGGGAUCCCUCGCCAGAAGCUCGUGGGACCGCCUUACCCCAGUGUCUCUUCACUGCUGAACCCAGAGAAGAGUGCGCAAUCACACCCCCUAUCAAAAGUCUUCACGGAUAUCUUGCGCACAUUCCCAGACAUCUCAUUACUCCCCGUGCAGGUUGCCACGCUCUACACCAUGUUCCUUCUCAUGCGCUGGCAAAUUUUUCCCACGCAAGAGAACUAUGACCGACUUCCUGACUGGAUCAAGCCGCGGCCAACGCAGCUUCUCCAGCCCCAUCCAGCCUGGAUGGACUACGUGCCAUGGCCUCAUAUGCGAGACCGGCUUGUAACAUCCUAUCAGGAAUAUCCGUUUGAAAAUUGGUCCAUCCCCUUCACGCGGGGCAUGGACGUGAAUUGGCCAUAUGAAGCGACCGAUUGCCUUCUUUCUGCCGGCGACUCAGACGAACUUCUCAUCAACCCCGUCUUUGAACGCCAUAUGCGGUGUCUCUCCAAUUGGUCCCUAGGCCCGCUCUUCGCGAAGACCUACCCAGGAUUGGUGGAUACAACGCGAAUCAGACCGGAGCCGGGCAAUCAAGAACGCUCGACUUCGGUUUAG